AUGUCGCCACACGCCGUAACACACCAAUUGCCUCGAAUUAAGCUCACGGCCGAGCUAAAAGAGUUCGCCGUGACGAGCAAUGCUUUCCUCCCAGAACACAGCCCACUGAGACAAUUACCCGAUUCCUACUACGAGCCCUGGGAGCUUGUUAUCCAGCAUCUCCCUGCUCUGAUCAAAUAUUUCGAUAUUAGAAGAGCUGUUGAUACUCUCCCUGUCCUGUCCACGGAUCGUCUUCGGUCGGAGCCGGAGUGGAGGAGGGCAUACACUAUUCUGGCCUUCUUGACACAUGCUUAUGUCUGGGGAGGAGAGAAGCCUGCACAAAUCUUACCCCCUCAAAUCACCGUUCCCUUCCUCGCCGUCUCAAAACACCUUGAGCUUCCCCCAGUUCUCACAUACGCCGCUGCCAACCUAUGGAACUUCUCAUGUUCAGGCGAUGACUUUACCGACCUUAGUCAACUCGACACUCUACACACCUUCACCGGCACUGAGUCGGAGUCAUGGUUUCUACUCAUCAGUGUAGCCAUGGAAGCCAGAGCAGGAGCCAUCAUCCCUCGCAUGAUGGAGGCUCUCAACGCCGUCAAGACAAGAGACUACGAUGUUAUCAUCGCAGCUCUGGAGCAGCUCAAGACUUGCAUCGACAAUGUGGGUGAUCUGCUCGAACGGAUGUAUGAAAAGUGCGAUCCCAUGACUUUCUACUACAAGAUCCGACCGUUCCUGGCUGGAAGUAAAAACAUGGAAGCCGCGGGUCUACCAAACGGUGUGUUCUACGACGAAGGUGACGGCAAGGGAGAAUGGCGCCAUCUCCGCGGCGGCAGCAACGGUCAAAGCUCCCUUGUGCAGUUCUUCGACGUCGUUCUCGGCGUCGAGCACAUCACCAGCGGUAACAACACCGCCGUGAAAGGCGAGAAGAGCUACCACGACAUCGUGAAAGACUACAUGCCCGGCCCCCACCGCCGCUUCCUCACACACAUAGCCCGCAUGGGCAGUAUCCGCGAACUCGCCCUCCAAACACCCAGCACGCCAUCCCAAGAGCGUCUUCAACAAGCCUUCACAGCGGCGACGGAAGCUCUGACGCUGUUCCGCAACAAGCACAUCCAGAUCGUCACGCGGUACAUCAUCCUCCCGUCGCGGGCGGGGAGCAAGGCUGGGCCGCAGAACCUAGCCAGUUCGUCGUCGAAAAAGGCUGGUGAGGAGCUGACGGGGACGGGAGGGACGACACUUGUGCCGUUUUUGAAGCAAUCAAGGGAUGAGACCAGUGAGGCUGGGAGGUUGGAGAGGUAG